UACUGACGUUUCCACCUCUUCCCGGCCUCUCAGGUAAUUGGCGUUCAUGACAACCAGUCAGGAAGAGGAUCUGCGCGAACGCCUGCCUUUUACUUUACUGAACGGCCAAUCCGGUGGUAGGCUCACCUCCCCCUCUCUACCCAGAGUCACUGCUGCGACUGCCGCCAUUUUAGCGUUUUGUCAGAAGCAUCGGCACCGUGAGGAAGAGUUCCUGCAGAUUUCUGUGCGGGCAUCCUCGAGAUGGUGAAGCUGUUCAUAGGAAACCUGCCUCGGGAGGCCACAGAGCAGGAGAUCCGCUCACUGUUCGAGCAGUAUGGGAAGGUGCUGGAAUGUGACAUCAUUAAGAACUACGGCUUUGUGCACAUAGAGGACAAGACGGCGGCAGAGGAUGCCAUACGCAACCUGCACCACUACAAGCUACACGGGGUGAACAUCAAUGUGGAAGCCAGCAAGAAUAAGAGCAAAACGUCCACAAAGUUGCAUGUGGGCAACAUCAGUCCCACGUGUACCAACAAAGAGCUUCGGGCCAAGUUUGAGGAGUAUGGUCCAGUCAUCGAAUGUGACAUCGUGAAAGAUUAUGCCUUUGUACACAUGGAGCGGGCAGAAGAUGCGGUGGAGGCCAUCAGGGGCCUUGACAACACAGAGUUUCAAGGCAAACGAAUGCACGUGCAGUUGUCCACCAGCCGACUUAGGACUGCGCCCGGGAUGGGAGACCAGAGCGGCUGCUAUCGGUGCGGGAAAGAGGGGCACUGGUCCAAAGAGUGUCCAAUAGAUCGUUCGGGCCGAGUGGCAGACUUUACCGAGCAGUAUAAUGAGCAAUAUGGAGCAGUGCGUACACCUUACACCAUGAGCUAUGGGGAUUCAUUGUAUUACAACAACGCAUACGGAGCGCUCGAUGCCUACUACAAGCGCUGCCGUGCUGCCCGGUCCUAUGAGGCAGUGGCGGCUGCAGCUGCCUCCGCGUAUAAUUACGCAGAGCAGACCCUGUCCCAGCUGCCACAAGUCCAGAACACAGCCAUGGCCAGUCACCUCACCUCCACCUCUCUCGAUCCCUACGAUAGACACCUGUUGCCGACCUCAGGAGCUGCUGCUGCUACAGCCGCUGCUGCUGCAGCAGCCGCUGCUGCUGUUACUGCAGCUUCCACUUCAUAUUACGGGCGGGAUCGGAGCCCCCUGCGUCGCGCUACAGCCCCAGUCCCCACUGUUGGAGAGGGCUACGGUUACGGGCAUGACAAUGAGUUAUCCCAAGCUUCGGCAGCCGCGCGGAAUUCCCUGUACAACAUGGCCCGGUAUGAGCGGGAGCAGUAUGCGGAUCGGGCGCGGUAUUCAGCUUUUUAAAGCUUGAGGUGGGAUAUGUGUGGGCUGAAAUUCCAAGCUGCGGUUGUGCAUGAGAAUACACUCUUCAUGGUACCCCAUCUCCGGGACGUUCUCGGCUCUGUGCGUUCAGUCCCUCAGGAAUCGUGGACCUUAAUUUACCUUGCUAAGUUCAGACCACCUUUUCCUUCCCUCUCUCCUGCCCAUUUUCCUGUUCUUCCUGUCCUUCAUUACUUCUGUAGUUUCCCAUUCAUGUUCUGUUCUCCUAGCAGGCCUCGUUGUGUGCAGAAACUGUGGUGGGGGCUACGUCGUCUCCCCACCUCCUGCUUCCAGUGGGUGUUGGAUUUGGGAAUGAACCUGGUGAGAAUAUCACUGCUUCUGAGUCUUUGGCCCAAAGGCUUGUGGCAGGUGGACACAAAAAGUUGGAUCACUUUUUUUCUUUCCAGUAAAAUAAAUGGUUUUUCAACUUAG